AUGGAAAAACAAUUAGCUGAACUCUCUGUUUAUAUAUUAAUUAUUUUCCUUAUUUUAGGAUUUAUCAUGGCAAUUCUAAUGCGCUUCGGAGACGACACAACAUUGUUUGAUUUAACGCAAUUACCAAAGAAUAAUCCAAAAAAGCUUAAUUAUUAUGUUCAACCAGCUAAAAAUCCAAACGAAAACGUACCUUUCAAAACAAUUUUCGAUAAGCCGCAAGUUUAUGUUAGUUUCAUUGUUCCAGCAUACAAUGAAGAAAAGCGCCUUCCAAAAAUGCUUGAAGAGACAAUUGAAUAUCUAGAACAGCGCCGCUACAAAGAUAACAACUUUACAUGGGAAAUUGUUGUCGUCAAUGAUGGCUCCAAAGAUAGAACAGCUCACGUUGUUUUGGAAUAUGCUGAAAGAUAUUCUAAUAUUUUCCUUCUCAAUCAGCCACAUAACAUGGGCAAAGGUGCUGCAAUCCAAGCAGGUUGUCUUCAUGCAAGAGGACAGCUUGUUUUAAUGGUCGAUGCUGAUGGAGCUACAAAGAUAAGCGAUUUCGGACUUCUUGAAAAUGAAAUAAAGAAACUAAUGAAAAAUAAUAAAGAAGCCAUCGUUGUUGGCUCUAGAACUCUUAAUGAAGAUAAAUCAAAAGUUCAUCGUACUUUUAUUCGCAAAAUACUUGGACUCGGCAUGCAUAUUCUCAUUGUUAUUAGCGGUGUACAUGGAAUUAAAGAUACACAAUGCGGUUUCAAGCUAUUUACAAGAGAUGCCUGUAAAAUGCUUUUCAUGAACCAACAUGUUCAAAGAUGGUGCUUCGAUCCUGAACUUCUCGUUAUUGCAAGGCGCCGUAAAAUGAAAGUUUCCGAAAUCAGCGUCGAAUGGAACGAAAUUGAAGGUAGUAAGAUGAAAAUAUCCGGAAUGAUCAAGAUGGCUAUCGAUCUUCUAAGGAUAGCCGUAUUUUACCGCUUGAAUAUCUGGACAAUUCGCGAUAGAAAAUUUUAA